ACCGAACCCGCGCAAAGGAGGAUCAGUCCUACAGACAGCCACUCCGUCGUGGGUCAUCCCCUACCCGCUCUCGGUGCUACCCACCCGCUCCCCCCACCCACCUCCCUCCCUCCCUCCGCACAUUAAGCAGUCUUUCUCGCUGUGGGCUCAUGUGCUGCCCCUUCUUCGCAGUGAGUAAGUGCACUCUAUUGUAGUAGCAGUAGUAGAAGAAGGCCCAAAUGCUUCUCCUGAUUGUUGCUCAGUCUGGAUUUAGUUUGCGUUAUUCCACCUCGGAGUUAGCAAAUGGUACUGUUGGCUGGCUGGCUGGCUGGCUUUGAGCCGUUGUAGAGGACGGACGUGAGUAGUUGGAGCGUGUUGUGCUAGCUGUGGUGUGCAGAGAGGUUGAAUUCGUGGCAGCGAACGAGGUUGUCGGAUGAUGAUUUUGCGGUGGUGAAACGCGUGCGCUGGUCGCUGUUAUUCGUGAUUCAAGUUGGCGGCGUUCAUCGAGGGUAUCAGACCUUGCAACCUUUGCGAGACCCUUUUCAAAGAGGUUGCUAACUUGAGAGGGUGUAGUCCACAGCAAUGGAGGUGAAGCCCAUGAGUCCUGGUUCUAACUUCACUACAUAUAGCCUGCCGACCUCGCCUACCGCCAAGAACGUGGGUGUCCAGGGCAUAGAUGCUCUCGUACACCAAACUUACAAUCUUCCUCGUCCAAAAACCGCCUCGAGCAGCAGCUUAUUUCGGUUCCUGCUCUGCUCUCGACCGUGCUUCCAACAUUACGUGGACGUCGAUAUUGGCCAUGACGAUGCAACUGUUGACUUCGAUGAGGAGUCCAAUGGUCGAGUCCAUUACUUGGACAGCGGCUGCAGCCACGAACAGUGGCAACAGCGAAUGGAGCUCCAGGCUGUGAUGCGCCACUUGGAGGUCCGGUGGCAGCUCUUUGACGAAGCGCUCUCCAGAUUCCGAGACUUGGAGGCAAUGCUUGCCAUCUGCGCGGACAGAGUUCGGUGGAGACAUCACACGGCGACUGGCGUCAAGGAUGCGCACGUAGCCGAGGAUCUCAACAGUCUGAUCUCUAGGAAGCUCUCGAUGGAGGUGAGCAUCAACAGGAUUACGCAGCUGUUGCCCACGGGGGAAUUGGGUGCCACUUUCGAUCGGGAUGGAUACGGGAGGGAGACCCAGACGAAGGGCAGUUCUCGGGUGGAAGCAGCGAUGGGUUUGUAUCAAGAAUGCAGGGACGAUUUCGGCAGUGACAAACUGAGAACCGCAAGGCUCUGCGUACUUGAAGAGGAUUCCUACACUCUUUGUAAUCAAAGGGGUGAGGUGGUAGAAGUGGGCAAUCAAUUGGUGAUUUGGGAGCAGUAUAACGCUACAUGGUACAUUCGCGGAUGUAUAAGCUACCCUGCGAAUACCAAAUUGAAUUACGCGUGAAGCAUGGGAAGCUGCAUCAGCCAGCUACUCUCAACUCUAGAUCUUUCGAAUGAUUACAGUAGUUGGGUCUGUUGAAGUUGACAAUUCAGUAUUUGGCAAAGCCACUUUUGCCGCACAUUUGUAUUAUGGAAUUUGAUCUUUCAGUUGGUGGUUGAUGUAGGUUUCAUAGUGUAAUCUUUGAUUAAGGUGACCCAAGGCUAUCAAUUAGCAGUGUCACUUCUCACUUAAGCUGUCAAAUUACACCCUCUUUGAGGUGUAUUGAAUUUAUUACGGUAGGCGGAGACGGAAGGUGACUGUGAGUGGUCCUUCCGAGUGACGAAGCAGAAAGUUCCUUCACUGGAUCCUUUCUUGCAGCCGAGAUGCUGUGUAAUGGUUUGUAGAGCAUCACUGUACAAAGUGAUGGAAAAGUAUGGCUCCAUCAUACGAGUAUGUUAGAAGUUAGUACCCUGGAAACGGAGUACCAAGUCUUUUGUACAUUAUUGCAACAAGAUUGACUCUUCAAAGUUGGAGUAAACUGGAACGUAGGGAUAUUUGCACCCUUGUACGUGAA